UAAAAACGAAACGGAUUCCGUUUCUCCUCAUUCCUCAUCGUCGUCAACCAAAACAAAAGUCAAAGCUAAAAUGCUACCUCAAUAAUUCCCCCAACCACCAAAACGGACCUUUCUCCCUCAAUAUCCAACUCUAAUGGCUCUCAAAUUUUAGGGCAAAUUUCAUCUCUCUAUCUCUCAGCCAUCCUCAAUCCCAAUCCCAACCCCAUCAUCUCUUCUUUCUUUCCCAUGCCUCGAUUCUUCAAUCCUUUCCUCUUAUCCUUAUUUUUCUGUGUUUUAGGGUUAGGGUUUGGCGUUGAUUUCGGUCAAGCUUUCAAAGUCCCCUUUAGGGUCAAUGAUGUUCUCCCGGUGCUUCCGCGCCAGGUAUCUUGGCCGGUCUUGAACACUCUUCAUUCCGCCGUUGACUUGUUGCCGGCUUUUGUCGGAUCCGUGACCCCGAACAAUGGCUCAAUUGAUUGGAAAGGAGCUUGCUUUCAUGGAAACGAGGCUCGUCUCGAGUUCACCAGUAGCGAUCGCGACGAUUCGGGAUUGGGCGGUGGUGUGCUUCACCUCACGACAUCUGAAGCGCACAGCUGGACUUGUAUGGAUCUUUAUGUCUUUGCAACACCUUAUAGGAUUACUUGGGAUUACUACUUUUCUGCUCGAGAGCAUACAUUGAAAUUUGAUUCUUGGGAAGAAGCUGCUGAAUUGGAAUAUGUAAAGCAGCAUGGAAUCUCAGUAUUUCUAAUGCCAUCUGGAAUGCUUGGCACAUUGCUUUCUUUAGUUGAUGUAUUGCCUCUGUUUUCAAAUACUGUCUGGGGUCAGAAUGCCAAUCUUGCUUUUUUGAAAACACACAUGGGUGCUUCAUUUGAAAAGCGUCCUAAGCCAUGGCGCACAGUGUUAAAUCCAGAAGAUGUGCAUUCUGGUGACUUUUUGGCUGUGUCAAAGAUCCGUGGUAGGUGGGGAGGAUUUGAGACAUUAGAAAAAUGGGUGACUGGAGCAUUUGCUGGUCAUACUGCGGUUUGCUUGAAGGAUGACAUGGGUAAUCUAUGGGUUGCUGAAUCAGGGCAUGAAAAUGAAAAGGGCGAAGAAAUUAUAGUGGUUAUUCCAUGGGAUGAAUGGUGGGAGCUGUCACUGAAGGACAAUUCUAAUCCACAGAUAGCCUUGCUUCCUUUACAUCCAGAUAUACGUGCAAAGUUCAACUCCACCGCAGCAUGGGAGUAUGCUCGGAGCAUGUCAGGCAAGCCAUAUGGUUAUCACAACAUGAUAUUUAGUUGGAUAGACACUGUAGCUGACAACUAUCCACCCCCUCUUGAUGCUCACUUGGUCAUUUCUGUCAUGUCUAUGUGGACUAGAGUGCAGCCAGCAUAUGCUGCAAAUAUGUGGAAUGAAGCGUUGAAUAAGCGGUUAGGGACUGAGGAUUUGGAUCUGUAUGGAAUAUUAGAGGAGACUGAAAGGCGCGGGAUAACCUUUGAUCAAUUACUCACUAUCCCGGAACAAGAUGAAUGGGUCUACAGUGAUGGGAAAUCAACAACAUGUGUUGCCUUUAUCCUUGAGAUGUAUAAAGAGGCUGGGGUCUUUGGUCCCCUUUCAAACUCGAUUCAAGUAACUGAAUUCACUAUCCGUGAUGCAUACAUGCUUAAGAUAUUUGAGAACAACCAAACGAACCUGCCUAGUUGGUGUAACAAUGGGGAUGGCCGGCUUCCGUUCUGUCAGAUUCUGGGUGAGUAUUGGAUGGAAUUGCCAUUUUAUAACAGUUUAGAACCAUAUGCCAAUAUGAAUGAAAAUUGCCCAUCCUUACCUCCCAUUUAUGAUAGGCCUACGAGAUGUUAAAAGCUGAUAGCAAUCUAUUUGUCGUUUGUCGCUAUCCCACUCAUGCUUGUAUUAAAUGCAAAGACGCCUUUCUGGAAAAAUCCUCACUGUACCUGCACUAUAUAUAUAUGCGGCCACUCAAUUUCUGUAAAUAGUACUUUCAGUGUUAGUAAACAUAAUUUGUGUGAUAGGGCCCCUAAAAUCUUUGAAGCCCAGGCCCAUAUUGUGUUCUGCCCAAUAUUUGGAGUUACCACAAGUGAGCUUGAAGUCAUAACACGAGCGAACUCUUGAAAUUGAGUUGCUCAUUUCUCGUGCCAGUCGUUAAAUAAAGAAUUUAAAGAAUAUCAGAGGUAUUUAUGGUUGGAAUAA